GUCAAAUUUUCUUCCCAUCUUUCAACCGAAAUGAAAUGUCACAAAAGCCUGACUGUGGCUGGGACACAGCUGCCUCCUAUUGCACCAGCCGUGAAAGAGAUCUGCAAAUAAAUACGCCCCCUUCUACGUAAGAGAAGGCCGCCUGCUCGCCGAGUUUUGGGGAACGAUUUUCGAUACACACACUAUUUCUGAAGCGGGUGACCGUUUGUCGCUGGGCUCUCUGGACUUCCCCGCCCCCGCUUUUCCGCUUUCUCCUUUGAACCCCGGGAUGGACACUAAGUGUGAGACGCGCUGCUUCUCUUCAGGGAGAGAAGCGCCCUGGGACGCGCCCGGCGGCCGGGCUGCCACACACUAGUCCCCCCGUGACCUAACGGGACGUUCCACUGCGGUGACGCUUUGCUGAGAUUUCGUCCAGGACGGCCGCGGAAGGGGGGAGGGGCUCCCGUGGAGGCCCACAGGGUUAGGGCGCCUCAUGGCCCAGUGGGGAUGGGAGUAGAAGUUCCCCAAGGGCCUCCUGCUGUCUUUGUCUCCCCGUGUCUAACGGCGCCUGGUAUACUGUAGUCGCCAAAUACAUGAGCGUGAAACGUAACUGAAUCCAGCAUCUUUAUCUCGGGAUCGGGCUGUACCGGAGGAGGAAGGACGGAGGCAGGGACCGAACGAAACCGCCACCCGGCGGCCGUCCGACACACUGCGGGAGCAGACAACUCGAAUUUUCCCAAGGCCACGAGCCACUUCCGGACGCAUUCACGGCGUCUCCUAGGAGAUUGAGUUCCCUUUCCCACGAUGAGUGGUGAGCGCAUGUGUGAAAAGAGCAACUCUUCAAAAACUACAUUUCCCAUCAGGGCGCUCCGCUUCCCGUGGAGUGGCUGGCGUCAUGACGUUUUACGCAUAAUCCCUGCCCCUUUUUCCUUUCCCCACCUUCUCGACCCCGGAAAUACUGCGGCCGCGACCUGGGACGUCGUAGGACUACUUUUCCCAGCAUUCCACCAUCCUCGCCGAGCUGACGUAGCCGAACGUAGCCGGGAGGCGGGCGCAAGAAAAAACGUAUUGGGUAAACCUAGAUUGAGCAGGCGAAAGAAGACUGGCCUCUGGCGCUCCUACGUAUAUGCGUACUGCGUGCGUACGCCCACGACUCUGCACGCCAAUCCCCUCUUGCCUCCCUAGCAGGCAGUCAGGGGUGUUGAAAGCUCCGUGGAGCGUGGGAACCGCGUGUCCGCUGGCGGCCACCGUACGGGCCGACCCCGCUGCCGCUUCCGCUUCCUCCGCAAAGCGAGCCGCGUGCCAUGAAGCCAGGAUUCAGCCCCCGAGGCGGGGGCCGGGGUGGGUUCAGAGGGCGAGGGAGAGGCGGUGACAGAGGAGGCUUCGGGGGCCGAGGUGGCUUCGGAGGCCGUGGCCGUGGCGGCUUCGGAGAUCGCGGAGGCCGAGGAGGGGGCCGAGGCGGCUUCCAUUCCCCCGGAGGUCGGGGCAGAGGCACCCCCCGGGGCCGAGGCCGGGGUGGUAGAGGUGGCUUCCAAGGAGGGAAGAAAGUGACGGUGGAACCUCAUCGACAUGAGGGAGUGUUUAUUUGUCGAGGAAAGGAAGAUGCCCUGGUCACGAAGAACAUGGUGCCCGGGGAGUCUGUGUACGGCGAGAAGAGAAUCACCGUGGAGGACGGUGAGGUGAAGAUGGAGUACCGGGCUUGGAAUCCUUUCCGCUCCAAGCUGGCCGCUGCCAUCCUGGGCGGCGUGGAUCAGAUCCACAUCCGACCUGGGGCCAAAGUGCUCUACUUGGGAGCAGCCUCGGGCACCACCGUCUCACACGUCUCUGACAUCGUGGGCCCUGAAGGUCUGGUUUAUGCCGUGGAGUUUUCUCAUCGAUCAGGCCGAGACCUCAUCAACGUGGCCAAGAAGAGGACGAACAUCAUUCCCGUCAUCGAGGAUGCACGACACCCCCACAAGUACCGGAUGCUCAUUGGGAUGGUGGAUGUGAUUUUUGCCGAUGUGGCCCAGCCAGACCAGUCCCGAAUUGUGGCUCUCAAUGCCCAUAACUUCCUGCGCAAUGGUGGACACUUUGUGAUCUCCAUUAAGGCCAACUGCAUAGACUCCACAGCCUCUCCUGAAGCUGUGUUCGCCUCAGAAGUCAAGAAAAUGCAGCAAGAAAACAUGAAGCCCCAGGAACAGCUCACUUUGGAGCCCUAUGAGCGGGAUCACGCAGUGGUGGUGGGCGUGUACAGGCCUCCCCCCAAGCAGAAAGAAGUAGCUGCCAAGUAGCUGUCUGCCUCCGUCCUGCCCUGCCCUGCCCUGCCCCACCCCUUUUUUUCUACUCUAGCUGUUUUGUCAGAUCUUAUGUAUUUUCUAUUAAAAGGUGUGAUCCCAUGUGA